AUGAACGACGAAGAAAAGGUGUUCUUCAAAUUUGCCGAAAGUAAAAUUCUGCUAAGCGAGUUCUGCGAAGAGUACGUUAAGGCAAAAAAGAAGGAAGAAAUUCUCACCCAAGAAAUGAAUAAAGUACAACUCAAAAACUGCCAACUGGAAAAUGAAAUAGAAAAAUAUAAACAGCUGCUAAAUAACAUAGAAAGGAAGAAAGACAAAGAAAUGGAAAAUUGCAAUUUUGAAUACGAUAUAAAAAUAAAAAAAUUAGAAACAGAAAUGGACGUACUCAAUUCUUGUCUCACUAAAGAAAAAGAAAAUUACAAUUUGAAAGCUACAGAACUUAUAGGACUCAAAUUAGAAAAUGAAAAAUUUAAAUCCCAACUAAGUGACCGAAAAGAAAAUAACAAUCAAGAAAAAGAAAACAAGAAAAUGCUCACACAGAAUAAUAUUAAUGUACUUAAUAAAAUGUAUGCAGAGAUUAAUAAAAAAGUGGAAGCCAUAAUGCAACAUUUACAUGAUAGCAAAAAUAACAGACACGACAUUGAACAGAAGAUGAAAACUUACCAAUCUCUUCUGAACGAAUAUUUAAAAAAAAUCACAGACAUAAAUUUGAAAUGCGAAAAAUUUUAUAAAUUACAUAAAGAAGCACAGUACAAAAAUAUGCUAAACAAAUCAAAGAAAAAAGUUCUAAAAAGUCGGAUAGAGGAAUUAAUAAAUGAAAACCAAGUCCUGUCCAACCAGGUUGACGUCUUAAAGAAAAACAUUGACCACAUGGAUGCCGAAAAAACGCAGUACUUCCUAUUACUCAAAAAAGCAGAAAAAAAAAAAUUAUUUUUUUAUCAUAAAUUUAAGGAAAAAAAUGCCACGCAGGGUGCUGCCAAUCAACUACCCCCUCAUCGGCUGGACAACCACCGCCAUGAUUGCCGCAGGCGUUCUCAUUCGUAUGACACCCCAAGGAGGACACCCCCUCAUAUGAAAGUACCGGACCAAGUUGUAUCCGACCACACAACAUGCACUAAUGGGAAAAAGAAUUCAUCUCAACAUGUGAAUGAUGCACCAACGAAAAAGGACCCUCUCCCGUGGAAGAAAAAUUCAAAACAAAGAAACAGAAGCACGUCAAUUUAUAGGUACAGAGAUGUCGACAGAAACAAAUCAUACCGUGCAGACGAAUUUAAUAUAAAAAAGGAAAGGAAGCGGAAGAAAAUCCUCUUCUUUUCCGACAAUGAUCAUGAUAAAAGGCAAAAAAGGAAAAAUGAAAUUUCGAAUGAGAAAAGCAAUGUGCAGUACAUUGACUUAAUAGUUAACACGAAAAACAUAAUUUCCAAUAAAAUGGGGCGCGAGGGAAGUGCCCCUAAAACCGCACUGUGCUGA